UCGGGAGGCAGAGGCGAGAGAAUCGGCAGUACUUGGAGGACAGCCUGGGAUACAUAGCGAGUUCAAGGACAGCGUGAACUAUAGAGACGCAAACGAGGGGGCGGGCGAGGGAGUACCCAGAAACGCUUGCGGCGACGCCGUGCGUAGCUCUCUGGGCGACCCUGGGCGGGGCCUCGCGUGCGGGCGUCACGUUGGGGCGGGACUUCCGGCUUCCUUCGGGCGGUCAUUUUGGCCGCCUCUGCUGUCUGACCAGUAAGCUGCUCCUCUGGUGUCCCGCGCUGAGACGCAGUGACUGACCAGGGCCUGUGUGGGCGACUCCGCAUGCCCGGGACGGUGGUGGUCGCCCCAGGCUCCCCAGAGUCAAUGGCAGCGGCUGCGCUGACGGACCCGGCCCAGGGUAGUGUCACCUUUGAAGACGUGGCUGUGUACUUCUCUUGGGAGGAGUGGGAUCUUCUUGAUGAGGCCCAGAGACACUUGUACCUUGACGUGAUGCUGGAGAACUUGGCACUUACAUCCUCUCUGCGUUGUUCAUGUGGAAUGGAGCAUGAAGUGGCACCUUCUGAGCUGGGCCUUUCUGUGAGGUCAUCACAGGUUAGGACUCCCAAAGAAGGGUCAUUUUUCCAGAAUGCCUAUACUUGUGAAAUUUGUGGCCUGAUUUUGAGAGACAUUCUGCACUUGGCUCAGCACUAUGGAACAUAUUGUGGGAAAAAACCAUACACCUGUGGGAAACAAUUCUACUUCACUGCUAAUCUUCCCCAGCCCCAAAGGCAAUACAUUAAAGAGACACCUGUUGGAAGCUUUGUGGACAGAACCUCAUUUAUAAAGAGCUGCAUGUUCCAUGUGUCAGGGAAGCCUUUUACUUGCAAGGAAGUUGGGAGGGGCUUCCUGGCCAGCAUGGGAUUUCCCUGUCCACAAAUCACUCACAUAGUGGAGAAACCAAGUAACUACCAGGUGGUCUUUCACAGUGGGAAAAAUCAUCAUACCUUGGAAGGAUGCAAAAAAACCUUCAGCCACUCAAACACACUGGUUCAGGACCAGAGAGUCCUUACCAGGAAAAGGCUUUUUGAGUGCAGCAAGUGUGGGAAAGCCUGUACACGAAGAUGUAAUCUCAUUCAACACCAGAAAGUCCACAGUGAAGACAGGCCUUAUGAAUGCAGUGAGUGUGGAAAAUUCUUUACCUAUUAUUCCAGCUUCAUUAUCCAUCAGAGAGUUCACACGGGAGAAAGGCCUUAUGAGUGUGAUGAAUGUGGGAAAUCCUUCAGUCAGAUCUACAGUCUCAACAGCCAUAGAAAAGUUCACACUGGAGAAAGGCCUUAUGAAUGUGGGGAAUGUGGGAAAUUUUUUAGCCAAAGGUCCAACCUCAUUCAACAUCAGAGAGUUCACACUGGAGAAAGACCUUAUGAAUGCAGUGAAUGUGGGAAAUCUUUUAGCCAGAACUUUAGCCUCAUUUACCACCAAAGAGUACACACUGGAGAAAGGCCUCAUGAGUGCAGUGAGUGUGGGAAAUCCUUUAGCCGAAGUUCCAGCCUCAUUCACCACCGAAGACUUCACACUGGAGAGAGGCCAUAUGAAUGCAGUAAGUGUGGGAAGUCCUUUAAGCAAAGCUCUAGCUUCAGUUCACAUCGGAAAGUCCACACAGGGGAAAGGCCUUAUGUGUGUGGAGAAUGUGGGAAAACUUUUAGCCAUAGCUCCAACCUUAGGAACCACCAGAGAGUUCACACUGGGGAAAGGCCUAUUAAGUGCAAAGAAUGUGGAAAAUCCUUUAGCUGCAAAUCUAAUCUCAUUAAACACCUGAGGGUUCACACUGGAGAAAGGCCUUACGAGUGCAGUGAAUGUGGGAAGUCCUUUAGUCAAAGUUCUAGCCUCAUUCAACACCGGAGAAUUCACACUGGAAAAAGACCUUAUCAGUGUAGUAAAUGUGGAAAGUCCUUUGGCUCCAAAUCUGUCCUCACUCAACACCAAAGAGUUCACACUGGAGAAAGACCUUAGGUAUGUAUGGAACCCACAUUCUUUGUACUGUCAUUACACUGGAAUGUAAUGACCACCUGGGAGCCAUCCACCUGAAUUGAGCCCUCAAGAUCUGAAGAUGUGGUGAGAGUCCCCUUUAGUUCUAGGUCCAUAGAAGCUUUAAGCAGCUGUGUUAAACUUUGUAACCUGUGCAAGGGCCUAUGUCACUGUUUUGAGGCAGAGGCUAUUUCACUUCUCCACUUACAAGUCUACAUGGUGCAUCUGUCACCACCCCAGCGUGUACAGAGGAGCUGGCUCCUCCUUCCCAUUUGCUGGAUGAAAUCAUGAGAAGUCUGAGCCCUCCUUCCUGUUCUGCAAGUUAGGUCAUGAACUUGACCUAGGUAGUACUAGAGAUACAGGUAAGUAAAUGUGUUUGGGCAGCUUGUCAAGAAGAACUCUUCUGACGGAUUUUUUCCAACCUCUAAGUCACCAACCUGGAAACUACCUGCCUGUACUGUUUUGAUUUUUUGUAAUAAAGUCUUCAUUAUUUAAGUUACUUUAGUCUUGGAAUUGUGUUCACUGUGUGAGAUAUCUUCAAAACAGUAAACACCUUUGUGUGUGUGUGCAGGGGGAUGUAAUUCAGAUAAUUUGGUACCUCAGAGACAGGAGUAAUAUGAGAGUGUAACUCUUCCCUGAUUUGGCCUCUAGGCUUCCUAAGUUGUGGAUUGAAUGCCAGAACUUCUUGUCUCAGGGAACACAUUGAGGAGGCAGGAAGUAGUAAGAACCUCUAUUGUUUCUGGGAACAAGACAUAUAAGGUUUAGAUUUCUUUUUCUUUUUCUUUUUUUCCUUGUGUCUUGUUUUCUUUGCUUGUUGCUUACACAAGAUGCACAUAGUGCCCUGCACCAUAGAGUACAGUGUCUACCCUAGGUUAUGCAAAGGAGUCAGGUGCCUGGAUACCCAUGAUUCAGUAAGCUUAUAAUACUUCAAGAUUAUGGGAGCCAGAGAGAAUCUUAAUAGGUACAAAAAUAGUGGAUUAAUGAGGAGUGAUGGAGACAUCAGCAAGGUACAUGCACCUUGUUCCUUGUAAAAAUGUUCAAGUAAUUGUGUUGGAUAUGCACAAAGAUUCUCAUGGUUUGCAGGGAGGUAUAUCUGGUCUAUAGCUGAGGUCAUUGUCAGAAAAAAAAACUGGAAGUUCCGUGUAUUCAUUCCAGUAUAUUUUGGAAUCUUUUACGGGUUGGAAACAAACCUAGAGAGAAGGAAGAUGGAUUACUCUAAUGAAGUGGCUUUGUGGCCUAAUGAUCAUCCUAUGUGGAAGUGAACUGCAUUACUCACUAAUACUUGCUACCACUGAGGCAAGUUUGCCCCUGCAAGGUUAUCAGGAAAGAAAUGGAGUGAAUUCUGGGUUACCAAACCUUCCAGUAAGCCACUAGACCAUCAUUGUAAUUAUUACAGUUAGCAUACUGGUCACUUCUAGUUUACCUUGUCCCCUUUUUUAACCUCUU